AAGUCCCUUCGAUCUCACACGAGGACUUUGAUAAUUUUUUCAAACCAAGUCCAUUCUGGUGAGCCUCCUUCUCCUUAGUGGCAAACAUUUUGAAAUGACGUGUGGGACACGUGAUACUUUUUAGGGCAUGAUUGUUCCCAAGUUCAUUUGAAAUGGUCAAUGGUGCAGAGAAAAGGACAAGGAUUGCAUUGUAGGUGAGAAAUGGCAGAGUAUACAAAACAUCAUAUACCUAACGGAUAUGUUUGUGCUCCUCUCAUUGAGUGACAAAUUUGUAACAGAAAUUACAAAUGUUUUACACUAUUGACCAAAACAUAUUUUAGGUAAGUGGAUAAAUUUCGACCGUUAUAAUACACAGGGAGUAAUAUGUAUCUACUUUGCCGAAACCGGAAAGACACAAAUGGGAAAGUUUAAAAUUUUGUUUUUCUCUUGUGACCUAUAAUCACAUAUUAUACCUGGCACAAGCAAUCUAUUUUAAGUUUCCUGUUAGCAUUUAAAAAUGUUGGUUAUCGUUUAAUCGUAAUUUAAAGUAAACAUUCUGAAUGUGAACAAACAAGUAGGUAGAUAAGUGCCUACUUACAGCGAUCCAAUAAAAAAUCACUUCGUAGGUAUUUGUUUUAAAAUACUUACAUUUAUAUGAAUUAUUCCCGCCACUAUAUGCUAAGCCAAUCAAAAAUUGCCAUAUGUACACCGAAUGUCCUAAGAAUACUGAUUAUGCGAUCUGAUGUAGGUACCUGCUUAAAAGUUGCAUAAAUAACAAUUGAGGUAAAGUGUUUUGUAGAUAUAUGCGAGCCAAUGAAAUUGUUCCAUUUGGCAGGGGUAGAAGUAAUGCCAAACAUCAAGUGGUGGCGUUAUCCUGGUUUUACAUGUGUAUAGGACAUAUAAAUACUGAGAGAACGUCUCUGUGCUGUAUUGUCCCGAUAGUGCCUAGUGUGUAAAAAUGAGGCGGUAUUUUCUAAUAAGCGCGGUCUUAUGUUUAUUACACGUUUGUUCGGCUAAAGUGUAUUUUGAAGAGAAAUUUUUGGAUGAUUCAUGGGAAAAAAAUUGGAUAUACAGCGAACAUCCAGACAAGGAGUUUGGCAAAUUUAUACUGUCAGCAGGGAAAGUGUAUGUAGAUGAAAAGCUAAAUAAGGGUUUGAAAACAUCAGAGGAUGCAAAAUUCUAUGCACUUAGUAGAAAGUUUAAAGCAUUCAAGGUAGAAGGUAAAGACUUAGUUAUUCAAUUAUCCGUAAAGCAUGAACAAAAUAUCGAUUGCGGUGGAGGAUACUUGAAGGUAUUUGACUGCAAUCUUAAUCAAAAGGACAUGCAUGGUGAAUCUCCAUACCUUCUCAUGUUUGGUCCAGACAUUUGCGGAGGCAGUAAGAAGGUGCACGCAAUUAUAAAUUAUGACAACAAAAAUAAUUUAAUUAAAAAAGAAAUCGAAUGUAAAAGUGAUGUUCUCACACACUUCUACACGUGGGUUAUUAAACCUGAUAACACAUAUGAAGUACUAAUCGAUGGAGAGAAGGUGGAAAGCGGGGAACUGGAAGAGGAUUGGGAACUCAUCCCUCCAAAGAAAAUUAAAGAUCCCGCUGUGUCGAAACCCGAAGAUUGGGUCGACGAGGCCCAGAUACCCGAUCCCAAUGACACAAAACCGGAAGACUGGGAUCAACCAGCGGACAUCGUCGACAUGAAGGCAACGAAACCGGACGAUUGGGAUGACGAAAUGGACGGCGAAUGGGAACGUCCGAUAAUCGCUAACCCGGAUUACAAAGGCGAAUGGUCUCCUAAGCAAAUUGACAACCCUGACUACAAAGGUGAGUGGGUGCAUCCCGAAAUCGACAAUCCGGAAUACGCACCCAACCCCAAUCUGUAUAAAAGAGGGGAAAUCUGUGCCGUCGGUUUGGACUUGUGGCAGGUGAAGUCGGGAACGAUUUUCGAUGACAUUUUAAUAACUGACGAUCUGGAAUACGCGAAAGCGGCAAUGUCGCUUUUGAAGGAAUUAAAUGAGAAAGAGACGGAGGUGAAAGAAGCGGAAGAGAAGGCCGCAGCGGAAAAGGCGGAGGCAGAGAAAGAGGCCGCGGAGAAAGAGGCUGCGGAGACAGAAGCGGCAGAGAAAGGCGAGGGAGGCGACGCAGAAGCAUCCCCUGCACCCGCAGAACAGGAACCCGAACGCGAUGAAUUAUAGACGCCAGUGAAAAGUUUCAAGUGGGGCUGAUGUGUUUUUUCGUACUUUACGUUGUUGUUGACUGAUAUGUUUAGGACCUAGGUAUUGGUACGAAAGUGUAUUAGUAUUUCAUACUGAAAAGUUAGUCUUAAGGUCAUUUUUUAAAAUACAUUCUACAAAUUA